AUGAAUUUUGAGUCCGACCCCCACUUGGCUCCUCUCCAGUUUAAGGGCGAGAUUAUGGACUUCGACUUGGGCCUCGAGGUCGACCACCGCAAGAGGCGUAGGAAUCGGACGACCCAGUCGUGCCUCAAUUGUCAUACGUCGAAGCGGAAGUGCGACCGAAAGCGGCCAUGUCAACGAUGCAUCCAACUCGGAUUGACGGGGCUGUGUGUCUAUGAGGUCGACGACCCCGCGUUGAGGGAUGAUCCGAAUAUUGAUGAGACCACUCGGCUUAGGAAUAGAAUAGCGGAGCUUGAAUCCUUAGUGAGGGAGCUUCGGGGCAAGCCACACCCCAAGUGGGCAGAGCCCAACUACUGCGAUGGAGACGUGAAUGAGAAGUGGCAUUCACGGUCCACGAAGCGUCUGCAAUCGCAGUUUCAGAAGCCGAGGAGAGAAGGGCUUCUUGACGGGUCCGGGUCAAACGUCUUGCAGGCUUCUGCCGUCAAGACAGAACAAGCAACCGAUCUGCCGCGACAGCAGCUAUACAGUUUGUCGACGUCGACUGACUCAUCUCUCUCCCAUACUGUCGCCGUUGCCUCACAUUCGUACUAUCGCUCCACUCACCAGCAUGAUAGCCAGCAUGGGAUGUGCUCGGCGGCUGAAGAUGCCAGCGCAUUCUAUUCAUCCUCAUCGUCUGCUUCCCCCGUAGGAUAUCCAGGCCAGCUUCACCCUCACUCAGCCGUUGGAGGUCACUACCCCCAACAACCUUAUACUCGCACCUCGGCACUUGAGGCCGCGCAGAUGCAUUGCUCCUGUUUAACGAAUCCCGCGGCAGCGCAUCCGCUGAUCGCCUUGACGAAUCAGCUUCGAACCGCUUCCCACAUGCUGCGACAGCUGCCAGAACAUAGUUCACAACAUGAAUGCCUCGUGUUGACCCGCAUCUUGGAGUUGGAUGAUGUGAUGCACGGGGGCGGCACGGAAUACUCCGCAACGUCCGCAUAUGAGGGCCUACCAACACCAGCAGAAAGCGAGAUAAUGUCCCCGACAUCCUCGUCAAGCCACUCAAGCCUCGGCAAUCCGAUGGACGAGUGGACCGCCAUGGGAACAGCCAGCAAUUAUAACGCCUAUUUUCCCGUCUCUGCGGGAGAACACACCACAUAUCACAAGACGUACCACGUUGCAUGA